UAACAAGUCAAUUACCUUUCCGUUCGAAAAUCGAAAAAAUAUUUCGCGAAUUGCGCUCUCACCAAAUACCAACAUUCUGCUUUCUAUAGAUGAAGACGGAAGAGUUCUCCUAGUUAACUUUCAUCGUAGAAUAGUUUUACAUGAAUUCACUUUCAAAUCACCUGUUGCGGAUGUACAAUUUAGCCCAGAUGGAAAGCAAAAUAUAGAAAUUUAUAAUGAAAUUCGAAAAAACAUUCAAGUAUGGAAAUCACCAGGAUUAAGUCGGGAAUUUGCACCAUUUGUCAUGCAUCACAAAUACACAGGACAUUAUGAUGAGGUCACGUCAAUAACAUGGUCUACCGAUUCUCGAUUUUUUCUUUCUACUUCAAAAGACAUGACCGCAAAACUUCAUUCUUUAUUUCCUACUGAAGAUUUCACAACUGUAACGUUUUCAGGUCAUAAGAACUAUGUUGUCGGUGCAUAUUUUUCGAAAGAUCAAAAUAUGAUAUACACCGUUAGUAAAGAUGGUGCGCUUUUUAUUUGGAAAUUCGCUUCUUCUCAAACUCCAACAGAAGACGAUGAUCAACAUGAAGAAAUGGAUAUUGAUAAUGCAGAAUCGGAAUUAACGAAAUCGAAAAAAUGGAUUAUAUCGUCUCGUCAUUAUUUCAAUCAAUCUGGGGCUAAAGUGAUUUGUUCUGCUUAUCAUAUAGCAUCAAACUUAUUAGUAGUCGGGUUUUCAUCUGGAAUUUUUGGAAUUUGGGAAAUGCCCGACUUUAAUAAUAUACAUACAUUAAGUAUUUCGCAAAAAGCAAUAGAUUCAGUAACAAUCAAUUCAACUGGUGAAUGGCUGGCAUUUGGGUCUUCAAAGCUGGGUCAACUUUUGGUUUGGGAAUGGCAAUCCGAAUCUUACGUUCUUAAACAACAAGGGCAUUAUUAUGAUAUGAAUACGUUAUCAUAUUCUUCAGAUGGUCAAAAUAUUGCAACCGGAGGUGAUGAUGGUAAAGUCAAAGUGUGGAAUACCAUGUCAGGAUUUUGUUUCGUUACAUUUUCUGAGCAUACUUCCGGUGUUAGUGUGGUAGAAUUUGCAAAAAAUGGUCAUGUUUUAUUUUCUGCUUCUUUGGAUGGAACUGUUCGCGCAUUUGAUUUAAUUCGUUAUAGAAAUUUCAGAACUUUUACAUCUCCAUCACCAGUUCAAUUUACCUCGUUAGCUGUUGAUCCAAGCGGUGAAAUUGUUUGUGCUGGUUCAAUGGAUACUUUCGAAGUUUUUGUAUGGUCUGUUCAAACUGGUAAAUUAUUAGAUAUUAUGGCUGGCCAUGAAGGUCCUAUAAGUGGUUUGGCUUUUAAUCCUACAGGUUUAUUGUUGGCUUCAAGUUCAUGGGAUGCUACGGUUCGUGUUUGGGAUGUAUUUGAACGUAGUAAACAUGUCGAUGUACUUCGACAUACAUCGGAUGUUUUAGCUGUAGCGUUUCGACCCGAUGGGAAACAAUUAGCCGCAUCUACCUUGGAUGGUCAAAUUACCUUUUGGAACGUUGAAAAUUGUGAUCAAAUAGGCUCUAUAGAAGGAAGAAAAGAUAUAUCAGGUGGAAGAAAAGCUAAUGACCGAACAACUGCUGCUAACUCUUCUGCAAAAUCUUUUAAUAGUAUAUGUUACACGGCUGAUGGGUCAUGUGUGAUUUCUGGUGGAAAUAGUAAAUACAUUUGUCUUUAUGAUGUUAAAGAGAAAUUAUUAAUAAAAAAAUAUCAGAUAUCACAUAAUUUGUCAUUGGAUGGAAUACGUGAAUUUUUGAACAGAAAG